ACCGCAAAGGAAAUGUCCGUACACGCGUUCUCGAUCAUUCUCGCGCGCCACCGUGCUCGCAUCUAUAAAAAUGAUGACGAACACUCGUGCAUGCCAAGUCGGAGUGAACUCGCAAGAUUCACGCGAAGAAGCUUAGGAGAACAUCAACAAUGUCUUUGGUGCUCUCGCGGAUGCUGCUCGACAGGUUCUUCCCCGGCGCCGGCGGCGUCGUCGCCGGUGAAGCCCGGCCGCCGAUGGACUGGAGGGAGACGCCGGUGGCGCACGUGUUCGAGAUGGACCUCCCCGGGCUGGCCAAGGACCAGGUCGCCGUCGAGGUGGUGGACGGCCACAUCCUCCGCGUCCGCGCCGGCGGCGAACACGAGGACGCCAAUAACGCAGCCAAGGCGGGGAAGGCCAGCGGCGAGGAGGAGGAGGAAAACGACGGCGUGAGGUGGCAUUGCAGGGAGAGGGCGGCGGGGAGGCGGCGCGCGGCCGUGACGCAGUUCCGGCUGCCGGAGGACGCGGCGGCGGACGAGGCGAGCGCGCGGAUGGCGGACGGGGUGCUCACGGUGACCGUGCCGAAGCGGAAGGGCAAGAAGCGGCACGCCGGCAACGGCAAGGCGGCCGGCGACGACAAGCCAGUGUGCUGCCGCUUCUGGCCGUGACACCGCCGAGGCCGCGGCGCGCGCCGGCUCGUGUGCCCGCGUCGCGUCGCGUUGAGUCACCCGCACGACACGAGCCUGUAGUAGUACAUGUCAAGCCUACCCGUCAAAAAUCUUGUCCUUUCGCCAUUGGAAUUGCCGUGCCAGUAUGGCGCAUGAGUGCACUUGUACAAAAUAUAAAUUGGGCCUGUUUAGUUCCAAAGUUUUUUUCUAAACUUCUAA